AGGCGCCUGGUCUUUUGUGCUUCUCUCUCUCUCUAUCUCUUUCUCUCUCUAAAGCAGACCUUGGAAGGAGUUGCAGAGACCUCGCCGAUCUCCUUUCUAGGUGCUUGCAUCACCGGCAAUUUGAAACAUGGCAGACGGUGAGGAUAUCCAGCCUCUUGUUUGUGACAAUGGAACUGGAAUGGUGAAGGCCGGUUUCGCAGGAGAUGAUGCUCCAAGGGCUGUCUUUCCAAGUAUUGUUGGGAGGCCACGACACACUGGUGUGAUGGUAGGAAUGGGGCAAAAGGAUGCUUAUGUGGGUGAUGAAGCCCAAUCAAAGAGGGGUAUUUUGACAUUGAAAUACCCAAUUGAGCAUGGUAUUGUGUCCAAUUGGGAUGAUAUGGAGAAGAUUUGGCACCACACCUUUUACAAUGAGCUUCGAGUUGCACCUGAAGAGCACCCUGUUCUCCUAACAGAGGCUCCACUCAACCCAAAAGCAAACAGGGAGAAGAUGACUCAGAUCAUGUUUGAGACCUUCAACACACCUGCAAUGUAUGUUGCCAUCCAGGCUGUUCUCUCUCUUUAUGCUAGUGGGCGCACAACUGGUAUCGUGCUUGACUCAGGGGAUGGUGUGAGCCACACGGUCCCAAUCUAUGAGGGGUACGCCCUCCCGCAUGCCAUCCUGCGGCUUGACCUUGCUGGCCGCGACCUUACGGAUGCCCUUAUGAAGAUCCUCACUGAGCGUGGCUACUCCUUCACAACCACUGCAGAGCGUGAAAUUGUCAGAGACAUGAAGGAGAAGCUUGCAUAUGUUGCCCUUGACUUUGAGCAGGAGCUCGAGACUGCGAAGAGCAGCUCAUCUGUUGAGAAAAGCUAUGAAUUACCUGAUGGGCAAGUGAUCACUAUUGGGGCUGAGAGGUUUAGGUGCCCUGAGGUGCUAUUCCAGCCUUCAAUGAUAGGGAUGGAGGCAGCAGGGAUUCAUGAGACUACAUAUAAUUCAAUUAUGAAGUGCGAUGUUGAUAUAAGGAAGGACUUGUAUGGGAACAUUGUGCUUAGUGGGGGGUCUACCAUGUUCCCGGGGAUAGCAGAUAGGAUGAGUAAGGAGAUCACGGCUUUGGCCCCGAGUAGCAUGAAGAUUAAAGUGGUUGCGCCGCCUGAGAGAAAGUAUAGCGUUUGGAUUGGUGGAUCCAUCUUGGCAUCCCUCAGCACAUUCCAACAGAUGUGGAUUGCCAAGGCAGAGUACGAUGAAUCUGGACCAUCGAUUGUGCACAGGAAGUGUUUCUGAUGCUGCAAGUGGCCCGUCCAUCCAGUUCUUUUUUUGUGUUGCUUUGUUAGGUGGUUGUUAGUUGGUGAACGGAAUGCAUGUCAAACAUUAUUAUUGGUUGGGUUGUUAUUGUUUUCACUAUCCUUUUCUAUAUGAUGCUUGGGUUCCUUACA